AUGCCACGACCCGGCAAAUCUUCUUAUUCAGACGAAAAGCCUCCGUAUUCAUACAUUGCUUUAACAGCAAUGGCAAUUCAACAAAGCCCAGAAAAAAUGUUACCACUCAGUGAUAUUUACAAGUUUAUUACUGAUCGAUUUCCAUAUUAUCGUACGAAUACACACAAAUGGCAAAAUUCAUUACGACAUAAUUUAUCGUUCAAUGAUUGUUUUAUUAAGAUUCCACGUCGAAUUGAUCGACCUGGUAAAGGCAAUUUUUGGGCAUUACAUACCAAAUGUGGUGAUAUGUUUGAAAAUGGAAGUUAUUUACGUCGACGAAAACGCUUUAAAUUAUUAAAUAAAUCUCAUACAGAAAACACAGUGAUUACGAAACAAACAAUAAAGCCAACUCUUGUCAAUACAUCAUCACGGAUCAAAUCGCAGCCAAUCAAAAGUUCAUUUUUUAUUGAUAAUCUUCUUGCAAACGAUACAAAUACGAAUACAAGUUAUACAACAUCAUCCGCGUCGUCACCAUCGGAAGUUAAUUGUACAUUGCAACAUCUGCUCUAUUCAACUGAUUUAGAUCUUGUUCAAAAAUUAACAUUUUUUAAUGAUUUUCACGGACAACAGCAGCAGCAGGUUUAUUGGUAA